GCCGCUACCAAGAUCGAGAAGGCCUCCAGACAGCAGCGCAAGCAACGAAAGAACCGUUCCAAGAAGUUCCGCGGUACCGCCAAGACCAAGGGCCCCAAGAAGAGCAAGGACUAAAUGUAAUCGCCAACGGACGCUUUCUGGCGAUAGUGCUGCUGGUGAUUAUGGGCGGGGGUUUACUGUGAUUAUAGGGAUUAGGGAAUUUGGAAAAUGGAAAUGGACAACCUUUUUUCUCGUUUCUUCGCGCAUUACGGUUUGCACUUGCACACACAAAAAAGGGAAAUUCGAGGUGGUAUUUUGUGUUUGCAAGAUGACUUACUUGUUCCACACCCAUAUUUUAUCCUCAUGGCCGUGGUGAUAACAGGGAAAGAAUAUUAUGAGGCUCUACUUAUUUCAUUCCCAUUUUCUCUUCUGCGCGAGUUCUCAUACAAAGUAUCAGUCCAUUCCCCAAUUUCCCCAGCCCAGAUGUCUCUUAUCAGCAGCAUCAAUACCACGGAGUACUAUCCCUCCACCAUCCGGUAUCCGGCACCACCACCGGCACCGGCACAUCCUCCCCCGAUGCAGAAGCACAAACCCAAGCCCAUACAUAACACAGCAGCAACGAUUACAAUUUCCCGCUUUUCCCCGCUGAUGCUGAGCUACCCCUUCUUUUCCAUAUACAUACUUAGUACACCAGCCAGUGCGGUACGGCUAGACCGGACGGUGAAACCGCCGACGAAUGGUAGCACUGCAUUUCCAACGUCGUAGAUCAUGAUUCAUGGGUAUUCUGUCGUUUUGGUGAGGUGGGGUGGAUGGUUGAGAUUUGGAUUGGUUGUGUUACGGUUAUUUUUGGUUACUGGUUUACUUUUACUAGUUUGCAAAGUUACAAGUUACUGAUGCGAUUUGUAGGUGUGGUUUGUAUACGACUAUAUGGUGUGGUUAGCGUUUACUAAUAGCCAACGGAAGAGGAUGAUUGGGUUGUUUACUUGUAUGACUCUUAAUUCGAUAGACAAAUAAAAAGAA